CGCCUUCGCCUCUGCUCCGUCGCCGCGCCCGGGCCGCCUGCCCGCAGCCAUGAGCGCCAUCGGCCCGGGGUGAGCCCGCCGUCCUCUAGAUUAGUUCUUCUCGCCGUCCGCGGACCCGCUGACCCCAUGGAGUCUCCGGCCUCGAACCAGCCCGCCGGCAUGCCCCCGUCCAAAGCAAAGUCCAAGAGGAAGAAGGAUUUACGGAUAUCCUGUGUGUCUAAGCCACCCACACCCAACCCCACACCUCCCCGGAACCUGGAUUCCCGGACCUUCAUCACCAUUGGAGACAGGAACUUUGAGGUGGAGGCUGAUGACCUGGUGACCAUAUCAGAGCUGGGCCGUGGAGCCUAUGGGGUGGUGGAGAAGGUGCGGCAUGCCCAGAGUGGAACCAUCAUGGCUGUUAAGCGGAUCCGGGCCACCGUGAACUCGCAGGAGCAGAAGCGUCUGCUCAUGGACUUGGACGUCAACAUGCGCACAGUCGACUGCUUCUAUACUGUCACGUUUUAUGGGGCCCUCUUCAGAGAGGGAGAUGUGUGGAUUUGUAUGGAGCUCAUGGACACGUCCCUGGACAAGUUUUACCGGAAGGUGUUGGAUAAGAACAUGACGAUUCCAGAGGACAUUCUGGGGGAGAUCGCUGUGUCUAUCGUGAGGGCCCUGGAGCACCUGCACAGCAAGCUGUCUGUGAUCCACAGAGAUGUGAAGCCAUCCAACGUCCUCAUCAACAAGGAGGGCCACGUGAAGAUGUGCGACUUUGGGAUCAGCGGCUACUUGGUGGAUUCUGUGGCCAAGACGAUGGAUGCUGGCUGCAAGCCCUACAUGGCUCCAGAGAGAAUCAACCCUGAGCUGAACCAGAAGGGCUACAAUGUCAAGUCUGACGUCUGGAGCCUCGGGAUCACCAUGAUUGAGAUGGCCAUUCUCCGGUUUCCAUAUGAGUCCUGGGGAACCCCGUUCCAGCAGCUGAAGCAGGUGGUGGAGGAGCCAUCCCCCCAGCUCCCAGCUGACCGUUUCUCCCCUGAGUUUGUGGACUUCACUGCACAGUGCUUAAGGAAGAACCCUGCAGAGCGUAUGAGCUACCUGGAACUGAUGGAGCACCCUUUCUUCACCUUGCACAAAACUAAGAAGACAGACAUCGCUGCCUUUGUGAAGGAGAUCCUGGGAGAGGACUCAUAGGGGCCGGGGCCUGGACCCCACUCCGCCCUCCAGAGCCCAUGGCCUCCUCUGCCGGGCAGUGCUUGCCCACAUCCAUAAGCUACUGCCACCUGGCCUUGGGCAUCAGGAGGAAUCAAGGGGGCUACUCCCGUUCUGCUCAGCAACAGGCCAUUGUUCCCAAGUGCCAAAGAAGCAGACCAUUGGGGGUCCCCAGCCAGGCCCAUGUGGGUCCUGCCAGUGCCUCUCUCCCUGCUGCUCCAAGGACCCCAAGUCUCCAGCCCCCAAGACCCUGGACUUGGAGGGGCCUGGAUGACCUUGUCAUAUGCUGCUGCCCUUGGCAGACAAGGCAGCCGCUGCUGUGUGCAGCCACUGCCUUCACCAGCCCUGGAUGCCACCAAGUUGUAUAUUUUUUUAUCUCUUGACUGAAUGGACUUUGCACACUUUGGCCCAGGGGGCCCAGCCACACCUCUGUUCCAGCAUCAGGGGGCAGGACACAAGAGGGGGAUGAGCCAUGUGAAUUCCCCUGAGAUUCCCAUUAGGGAGCUACCAGGAGCCACCCAAGGCCUUCACCCCACACUGGCAAACAGGGCUUCUAAGGGACCUGGGUUACAGCCCAGCCCUCCACCUCCAGGGUGUUGUUUCACUUUUUUGUUUUUUUAAUUUAUCCUUUCAAUUUUUUUUUUCCCUUUAGCUUUCUGGGUUUGGCAGUUUUUCUUGCAUGGUUUGGAGCUGAUCACUUUUCUUCCACCCACUAGGGACCAGCAGGCAGUGACCCGCCCUUUCUGCUCAGGCUGGGAUCUAGGGGGAUGUACCCAAGGUCUCUGCUCAGAGACGUUCUGGGGAAACGUCCAGCUCACUCUUCUUGGGGGCUGGCGCAACAGGGGCUGUGGACUUGCUUUUUGGUGUUGUUUAAAAAAAAAAAAAGAAAAUAUAUUUUUUGAAGAAAGAAAGGACUGUGCCCGUUCUGGGUCUUAUCCCCGAUGGGUUCAGACAGUUACCUGAUUGCUGUUUUAAUUUAGAAAAACAAAAAAAAAAAAAACAAAAAAAAAAAACAAAACAAACAUGGGACAAAAGGUUGUGUGAGACUGUAUGUCAUAGCGACGAGCCCUUCCUCAGGGAAGGUCUGGCUUCUAGAAGGACUUUCUGCCCCUGGGACAGGACCAGAGCAGCAUGACCAGGGGAUGGGGGCCUAGUGACCUAUCAGGCCUUGCACUUGCCAAAUCCUUUGACAUAGGAGGAUCUUAGACUCAUGGAGGGCUGUGGUGAGGUUCCAGACUCUCUGCUAGACUGUGGCACUAGCCCAGUCCACCAGUGGGCUACCUGUCUCUCUGUCAUUGAAGUGUAGUGAUAGCCAGAGGGACAGAGCAAUGGUCAUGGACCAGACACUACACUCAGGACUUGACACUGUCACCUCAUUGAGUGUAUUGUUACCUCAGGUUGUUAUGUUAUCCAUAGUUUACAGAGAAAACAGAUCCAGAGAGCCAAAGAAAUUUGUCCAAAGCUACACGACUUGUAAGAUGGAGAAAUUGAGGCUUGGGUAUAUCUCCAAGAUAGCAACCCCCUGGAGAUAGCUCUGAGGGGAGUAGAGGCAGCUUGAGGAAGGCCCAACCUUGCCAGGGUCCAGUCUGCCUCUGUGAUCUUGAUGGCCUGGACUGGGGCAGAAACCCUCUGCCAUCAGACUGAAGCAGAAGAUAAUUUAUUUGUUCAUGUCAUAAGAACUGUCUAGCUUCAGGCACAGUUGGAUCCAGGUACCUGAAGAACUUGUGUUCACCUUAGCUGUUUUCUCCACCUCAGUUUCAUACUUCCCUCAUGUGAGCAGACAGAACCUGGUGACUCACACCAUCUUAGCAAAGGGCCCAGGUUCCAACUGAAAUACUAAGCUCAUUACAGCCACAGGGUCAAACAUGCAAGAGGGCCUUGACUCAAGGUCUGAGAGUAGGGCCUCCCUAGUUUUCCAGGGAAAUUGGGGCAGGUUACCAGAAGAGCACAGAUCCCCCUGGGGGUCCAUCCGUCCUCUGCCCACCACUCCCACCAUCCUCAGUCCAACCUGUCCUCAAAUAGACCUGAGUCUGGGACAGACCUCUGCCAUUGAAGCCUUCCCUGGUGUGUCACUUAGCUUCUAGGUGCUUUUAUGCCCCUUCCUCCAUCAUGAAGGCUUGUUCUCAUCCUCAGGCCUUUGAACUGACUAUCCUCUGCCUGGAACCCCUCCUCCCAUUCCUGGUCCCCAACAUUACUUGCUCAGAGAGGGCUCACCCCACUUGGUACAACAAGCAGUCUAGCUCAUUUUUAUCUGCUUAUCCCGGUAGAUUUGACCUGCCACUUCUGUGCCACCAGUGCACUCACCUAGGGAGAGGGCUGGCAAACUUUCCUGAAUGAAAGCAAGAAUGAAUGUCUACCUGAAAGAAAAGAUGAGGGAAUGAAUGGAUCCCGAAGUCCUCCAUGGCGUGUAGGUGCUUGCAUGAGUGUGUGCAUGUGUGUGUGUGGAUGGGCGGCUUGUGAGUGCGUGCAUGCAUGCCAGAGCACCCACAAGUCCUACUGGCCCAGAGUACCAGGGGCGUGGCCUCAGUUGCUUCUCCUGCAGCCACCAGGAGGCGGCAGAGCCCCGACUUUGACCCCUUGUCCCCGGAGCCCCGCCCGGUCCCGGAGCAUACUACCCCGCCCUCUCCCUACACCCGCAUUUGCAGGUCUAUAGAACCUGUGUCCUAGGGUGGGGGUCUCUGGUGGGCCGGGAGUUGCGUGGAGCUGGUACCCUCUCAGCUUGGUUCUGUGCUGGCCGCGUGCACCUGCCCCUCCCUCCAUGCAAACGCUGAUGUUGGGUAAAAGGGCGGGAGGCCUGACUCAUCCCCUGAUUGACAUGAGUGCACAGCCCUCUACAGCUGGCAAUGACUCCGCAGCUUACAGAACCGUAAGUUUACAAAGGGCUUUGCAGUGUAUGGUCCUCUACGAAACAGUUUACGAAGUCAUUUACAAUUUGCAAAGCCCUCCAUAGGAUUACACAACACUUUCUAGUUUACCAAAUAGUUUACAGUUUAUAAGCAUUGGCAAGAUUAGAAAGCCCUUCAGCCUUUGCAGAUUCCCACAUUAGUACAAACACCAAUUGUUUUGUACAGUUUCCAUUUAGGGGACCCUACAACUUUUACAAAGGGUGUCCAAGGACCCAAGUGGGGAAAGCCAGUGUAGUGUGCAGGUCUUGUUGACAUUUAGAGAACAUGCCUGGUUUCCAGGCCUUCACAGUUUAUACAACCUAUGAACUCAGGGAGGGCCCACCACCUUCCUUUUUUUGCCCAGGUGGGUGGGCCCCCUAUCCCUAACCCUGUCUGAUGUCUGUGCUUUGAUGUCAGGGUGCAGUCUGGGACCAGAGCACAGGGUCCAGCCUGGCCCUUUGGCUGAGUGGCAUGUCUCCAUUUCCCUGCAGGUAGCAGGGUGGGUGCCUAGGGCAGAUCUGGGGCUAAUGAGUCUCCAGGACUGAUAGACAGAUGGCAGGGGCCAUGGACUUUCUGUUUCAAUUAUAGCCGUGUCAGCCUCUUCAUCAGGUAGCAUUAAUGAUGCAGCAUUAAAGAUGCAGCAUUCAUGCCUCUUUGGAGUGGAUAUUUGGCUUCAAAGGGAGGACUUGGCGGAUUCCCUUCUGGAGGUCAGAGAAGGCAGCCUUCCUUGUUAAAUAUUAGUUCAGCAUCUCUUCUUCCAGUAUUUUGCUGUGACUUCUCCAUCCCCAGAUGGUCCACAAUACUCACGCCAGCCCAUCUCCCCAACUUCUCUCCAGCAUUCUCCCCUCAGCAACUUGCAUUCAACCAUCAGUGCUCAAACAUACCAAGCCAGACCUGCCUCAGGGCCUUUGCACUAGCUGUUUUCUCUUCCCUGAAGGCUUCCAUCAGCCACAUCUCUCCCUACCCACAAAGUGACUUCCUGGCCGGCUCGGGAUGUUUUUGCUCACAUGCCUCCUCGGAGAGGCCUCCCACCUAUCCUGCCACUCAAUCCCCUUGCCUGCUCUAUUUCCUUCAUAUUUCUUCAUUUACAUUCUUGUGCCUCUUGAGACUGGGAGCUCUUCUUGCACUGGGAUGUGUGUAUCUCUCAGAGCCUGGUGUGAAGGAGGUGUACAAUGACAAAGGAAAAAGGGCAGGCACAGGAAAUGUGUACUCUGGCCCCAAGGCUGAGCCCAGAAUCAAAACAGUGGGGUCUAGAGAGUGGGCCCUGCCACAACUGUGCCAAGUUUUGUGACAAAGUGGGGGUGGGGGUACAGUUCUAAUUAUUUUUUUAAGACAUUUAUUUAUGUAUACAAGAGCUGGGGUACAGGCCAGAGAUGCAGGGGGAUGAGAGGAUUCACCAGAGACAGAGUGGGGAACAGAACAGGCAGAUUGAGUGAAAUAACACUGCUGAGGGGAGCAGCGGGUGAGACAGGAGAGGUCUACUGUGCAUGUGGGUUGCUCCCUGGCUGGCUGGGUAUUGAACUCAUGCUGCAGAGGCUGCAGAUUGCUUCAUAGUGCAGUGCUUAACCCAGGAAGGCCCAGUGCAGUUCUAAUUAUUCUGGGACAACACCGGAAGGACUCCCUAGGAGUGAGGCAACUCCAUUAUUGGAUGGAUUGGGGAUUCUGCAUUAGAGAAGGGAAGUGGCCAGCUGAGGGCCAUACAGCAAUCAGCACCAACACUGGGAACUGAACACCUGCACAGGGGUCACCCCCACAAUGGCUGCCUCACUUUGUGUCUGAGGAUAGGGCUUCUGGCAUCAUUGAGGACAAAAAUGGUUCCCAGGAACUGUAAUCAUGGUUUAUUCCCUGGGGAACUCUGACCCCAGGAAGCAGCUGCCUCCACCAGUUUUAUCUUGGGGUUACGUCCCUGGCUUCUCCGUGGGCAAGAGUGGUGGCUGAGCAAGUAGGGCCUGUGUCAUCUCUGGCUGUUCUGAAGCCUCCACAGUCACACCUCUGCCAGGGGUUGCAGCCUCUGCUUGCAUACCUCCUCUGACAGGGAGCUCAUUUCUGUCAGACAGGUUUCCUGGAGCCAUCUGAGAUUCUUCUUGUCCUGAUUCUGCUCCCUGGGGCCUGUGACGUGAGGGCUCGUGUGUAAACUCCAGCACACUCUAAAUGCUCAUUUCUUUGCCUCUUGUGAAAUCUGUUUCAAAUCCUUUUGGAAACCAGGUGGGAGGGUCUAUAUAUACAUCAGCAGUGCUAAGUUUAUCAUAGUUCGUUUAUCCUCAUGCCCAGUGCAGUUGGGCUCUCCUGGAGGUUGCAAAGUCUCAAGAAACCUGCCCUGCCCAAGGCUCGCCAGAUAGUGAGGUAGAGCCGGGUGGGCCCCCAAACCUAGGAGUCUUGACCACCCCCUACCUGCAACCCAGGCUCUGCCCUGCACAAAUUGAACCACCUGCCAAGCUGGGUUUAGCUACAUCCACCCCCUCCAGCCUUGCAGAAGCCGUGGGUUGCUCUAUUCCUGUCCUGGGCCCGCCUCGUGGCAAGACUAGGGAAGGCAGCAGCAGCUGCGAUCUCUGGUUGGGGGUGCACCAGCCCAGGAAGUUCUUUGCUAGCUCCCAAGUCUUCCAUUGCUCCCCACUGCCCACAGGAUCCAGGGAAAGAAGAACCAGCAUGGACACUACAGCUGAGCCAUCUGGGUUGUUCUCUGCAGGUUUUGGCACUGUGAAGGUGUUAUCUGAGCACCUACUGUGUGCCAUGCAGCAUUCUGGAACUGAAGCUAUAGCAGGACUGAAGCCACGGCUAUCCUCUGUGAGCUCAGAGAGGACCUCAGACUCAGCAAAAGCAAACUCACAAAUGCUUUAAGCAGUUUCCCACCUUUUUUUUCAUGAUUGCUCUCUGAGGAGAAACAGCAAAUUAAAUUUAAAUGAAUUAAUUAAAUCAUGUAAAUUAAUUAAGCUUAAUUACAGCUAAGCAAUUAAAUUAAUUAAUUAAUUAAAUUAUUUAAAUUUAAUUUCUCCCUAAUGAGAGAUACAAUACUAAGGAUUCAGAUUUUGUCCUGUAGGGUCACAAAUAAUUCUAACACUUAAGAUUUUUUUUCACUCUCCCAAGGACCAACUUUUGCCUCCCUUGAAAAUGCAUGACUCCGAGGAUUAUAAAUAGUACUCAGUGCCAUGAAAGAAAAGGGGACUAGGAGAGUGGGACCCUUGCUGGGUACUGGUCUUGGGAGACAGCCCACAGCCUCAGCAGACUCCCUGUGAGGGGGCUGAAGGCAAAAGGGGAGGAGGAGUGGAGGUAGCAGGCAGGAACAGCUGUGCAAAGGCCCUGAGGUGGAGCAAGACUUGGUGCCACUGCAGAGAAUUAGGGGUUGGGGGCAGAUCAUAUGGAUCCUGCAGGCCAAGGCAAGGACUCUAGACUUUAUUUUCAGGGCAUAAGGGAAAUCAUCAGAGGGUUUUAAGCAGGGAAGCAGUGUGAUCAGAUUUACAUUAAGAACAAUAGUAUCACCCUUUCUGAAAUGUCAUUGCUGCCAGCCAAGGUUUUUUGGCAUUCAAAGCCUUGUGGCAUGUUCCCAACCCUCAUAGAGGUUGCCUACUCCCCAUCCCUAGGUCGGAUCAAAAACCCUGACAUGGAUCUCACCCCAGACUGUGUAACCUUGAAGAUGUCACAUAAACCUUUCGGGGACUGUUAACUCCUCUGCAAUCUGGGGCUGCUAACAUGACACACUUUUUAUCAUGCAGGAUUGUGGCGAGUUUCCCCCUGAGAGUGUAAAAGUCUGACUUGAGCCUGGCACACAAUAGGUGCUCAAUUAGUAAACCUGUCUCUCUGGUUCCUGUACCCCCACACUCACCCCCGCCCCCCUUCCUGGGCCUUUCCAGGCCCAGAGUGAAUGGGGAGCAUCAGGAACCUUGUUCUUUGGGCUCCAAAUUUAUUCUCCUUCUCAUAGUUCGCUUUAAACCCCCCACCCUGGUCAACAACUAGCCAUGACCAAGACGGACUUGCCCUUUAACCCUUGGUCUUGGUGGUUGGAGCAUCCGUUCUGGGACUGUAAGAUUUCACAGGCUUCUGUGGCAGCUCCAGUCACACUGGGUGGCUAUUGUUUGAGUCCCAGUCUGCUGCCUACACCAGUUUCUGCUCCCUGGAGGCAGGGUUGACCUAGCAUUUAUGGAAAGCUUGCUCUGUGCCAGGCACUUUCCAUGCACUUUGUGUUGGUUAUCACAUUGAAUGAGGCUGUUUGGUCACCGUCCCCAUUUUACUGAUGAUGAAAUGGAGGCACAGAGAAGUUAAACAAUCUGUCUAAGUUUGCAGACUUAGGGAAGGGCAGGCCUGAAAUCCAAACCCAGGUUGCCAGCUCCAAGGGCUGGUGAACCAGAUGGUGCCUGGCCUCCAGGGCUGACUAUCAGGGUGGGGUCUGGCCACUGAGCUAUUCUUUCCCUUUCAGGUAUUGGCCUUUCAUCCCUAGAGAGGGUUACUUGAACUAAGUAAAUAAUAUGCCAAAGUCUACCUGGAAAGCUCUACCUUAUUUAAAUCUUGUUAAAAUAAAGAAAGCACUUGGUCUCAAAAUACUGGUAAAUGCUAUUUUCAGAACAAAGAAAGAGAAAGAGCUGGAAAGGGUGGGAGGAUCUUGUGCCCUGGGUGGAAUGGGCGGAGGAACCAUGCUUUCCAGCCAUGUGACUGUGGCAGCCCCUCUGUCACUGUGAGGUCAAGUUCUUCCUUAGGAAAAUGGGGAGAAUGGAAAUGCCUACCUCUGCCGAGGAGCUCUCUCUGGGCCAGCAUGCGUAAAGAUUGUGGUCCUCAGGAGUAUCCCUCCCCCAAGGAGAGGGGACCAAGGGUCUGUUCUGUACCAUCUCUAGGCUUCCCAAGUUGAAAGGCACACUAGGCACCCCAGAGAGAACUGAGUUGGGAAUACCCACUUAAUUGGCCCUUUUCCUCCCUGUCUCACUUCCCUAUGGGUAUUUCCUUGGAUUUCCUGCCCUAAAUCCUUCUCAGUGUCUGCUACUGAACAACCUAAGAAGCCAGUGCUUCUGAGAAUCCUAGUGGGGAAGGUCAGGUUUUAGUCCAUAGAGGUGCUCAGUAAAUGGAAUUGUUAUAAGAUCUUUCUCCCCUAAUAACUUCCCACUGCCACACCCAGCCUAGCUCUCUUGGCUCCCCACAGAAUCUGGGGCCUACUUCCAGGUUCUCUCAUGGUUUUAGUCUUUUCUAUAACAUCUCGUUUCUCCUCCCUUCCCCCACCCCUUGUCCACCUGCCUCAGUCCUCCUGUUGGGCUGUGUGGUCUUGGGCAGAUUGCCACACUUCUCUGAUUUUUAUGUUCUCAUACCCAUAAGCUGGGGCUUGCCAGCAGGGUUUACUGGGCAAUCAAACCCUAAGUUUCACUCCUGGUGAAGGACCUGGAAGGACAUUGGGCCUCUCAGUUGCUCAUUUUGUCAGGGGGGCUAAGGUUGGUGGGAGAAGUUGACAGGGUGGGAACCACAAAGGGCCUGGAAGGCUUCUCAUGUGUGGAGCUGAGUUGACCCCUCUCCCAGUGCCUGCAGACCUCUUUAUACAGACCCCAUGCCUGACACCCCUCCUCCCCCAUCUUCCACCUCAACUUUCCUCUAUGCUCACUGCUGACCACUUGCAUUUUGGACCAGCUUCAGAGAAUUGCCCUCAAAUCCCCGGAGCUACCUUAACCCCAACCUCCUACCCCACAGCAAACUUGGAGUGCCUGGGAGUCUUUACCCACAUCCCAGGGCAUUGCCAGCCAACGCUGCAGCAGGAAAGCCAGUAUUUUGCCUUAAGCAGCACGAACUCAGGGUGCUGUCUCACUCCCUAGCUCCCUGGGAGCAUGCCAUGCCAGGAGAAUGCACCCUUGCUGGGCUUCUACUCUCUCCUGUUCCCUUACUUCCUCACUGAUUUCUGCCAGGAGAACUUCCUUCACAGAGCACUUGCCUCAGGCCCUGCUUCUGGAAGAACCUGAGAGUCAACCUUCUGAUGCUGGCUGGGCACACUUCAACAGAGUCAGUUUAUUGGUUUGGGCCUAGGUUUGGCUGCUUAUUAACUACAACAACAAAACCAAAUUGAUGACACUUUAAAGCAGAUGAUUUCUCUCAUGGAGCACUCCGAGGGUCUGUGGUCAUAGCAACAAAUGGCAGCUGCACGGUGCCAGGGCCUCCAUUCCUCCCAGAUCGCUGCUCUGUUUGACGCCUUUAUCCCUGUGACUCAAAAUGGUUCCCUGGCACCAAGCCCACAAUCUGGGUGGCAGGAUGGGGGAAGAGAUGGCCCUUGGCCAUUUUUUAGUCACAUGGUCAUGCAGAUCUGCAAGGGAGGCUGGGAAAUGUAGUCUUUACACAGGCAGCCAGGUACCUGCCCAGGUACCAGGGCUCUGACUGUAGGAGGAGGGAAUAUUUGUCAGUUCCCAUUACAAAUAAGGAAAUGAAAUAUUAUUUUAAAUUUGGAAUAAAAUUCUUUCACUGAGAAUGGACUUUGAGGAAAUAUGCUGUGGACUCUGUGGGUGUCAGAAGCCUCAGUGUCUUCUGGGUGGGGUUUCAGAGCAUCCUGGAGCAAGGAGUUGGGGGGAAAAGAUAAGAGUGGCCAGGGAGAGCUGUCUGUGCUGAGAUCUUUGCUGUGAAGCCCACCUGUUCCCACAGUUAAAUUGAUACCCACAGCAGCCUGGCAGGGCUUGCAAUCCAGGAAAAGAAACUGAUGUCCAUGGAAUUUGGCCAGACAGGUAGAGGGACAAAACUGGGAGUGUGACAGACACGGCACUGGGAUCUGUCAGCUUCCUGAGGACUUUGGAGGAGAUUUUGGAAAGACAAAUUUCCCCCUCAAGGGGUCAGGGCAGUUUCAUUUGAAAUAUUAAUGGGGUGUCCCAGGAGGCUGAUAACUGGCUUCCAUUCAGUUUCCAUACGAUUCACCAUGGAGUCACGGCAGAUGUACAGGUGUGUGUUCCAUUCACUCACCAUUAAGUCUGAGGUCAUGCAGACCAAUCUGGUGGCUGCCUAGCAGUCCACGACCUCUGUGACCACGCCUGGCCUGCCUUCACCUAAAUGCUCCAGUCAUUGGUCAUGGCCCCUGACUCCUAGUUCCAGUUCCUGUAACUAACGCUGCCAUGGAUGUCCUGGAGCUGGCUCUUGGUUGGCCUUCCAGAUUUUAGAUGCUUUUCCUGGGCACGGAUCCCAGAAGUGGGGGUGAGGGGAAGCACAUGUGCCUGUAGGGCCACAGUUUCUGCAGCCAAAUGGCUUCCCAGCCAGGUCGUGCCAAGUCAUCCAUCCACCUGGAGAGCCGAGAGAAACCUUCGCCCUUGGGGAAUGAAGGCUAAUUUGGUUGAAUUUUUCUUUAAAGUGCUAUGUGUUCCUUGUGGAAAUUUUAGAAAAUAUCGAGCAAUUUAAAAAGAGAACUUUCUUAUAAUUCCAUCUGCCAGAAUUAUUUAUGGUUAGCAUUUAAAAAAAUUUAUUUUUAUUGAGAUAUAAUUGACAUACAACAUCAGGUAAGUUCAAGAUGUACAGCUUGCAUUUUAAUUUAUGUCCUACCAGCCUUUUUUUGUCUGUGUAUGAAUUUUUUAUUAUACAAAAAUUUAUAUACAUAAGCCUUUUAUUAUGUAAGGUCUCAACACAUACAAAAUGAGGGCAAGUAAUGAGCCUUUAGAUGCUGAGCACUCAGUUCAGUAGAGAUCUCUCAUUCCAGUCUCAUCUUUUCUUUUCUCCCACCCUCUGCCCCUGCCAAGUUAUUGGAACAUUCAUCCCACUCAAUGCAGACAUCUUAUAAUUUCCCCCACAAAUAUUUCAGAAAGAUUGGGGCUUAAAAAACAAUGAAUAUCAUUAUUUAAUACUUUACAUGUGAUAAUCAUUCCUUAAUGUAAGCAAAUAUCUACUGGUUGUUCAACUUUAGAAUCAUCUUGUAAAUGUCAAAAUGCACACCACAUGGUUUGAAUCAGGCUCUGAAUCAGGUCUCCGAGCCACCCUAACUGAUGUACCUCCUAAGUAUCUUUCAUGGAGGCUGACUCCAAGUUUUCUUUUUAUAAUUUACUUAUUGAAGAAUCUGGGUUAUUUAGUCCUGUAGAAUUUCCCAGUCUUUAUAUUUCCUGUAAAUUGGAAGAUGGUAUGAUUCAGGGUGGACUUUUUAUUUUUAUUUUUGCAAGAAUACUUGGUGGAAAGUUCUGUGUUCUGUGAUCCCCUGGCAUAUAUGUGGUGUUGGCAGCUGCUGAUGCUUGGUGCCUGGAUUCACUUAUUUAUCAGUGUUUGCAAACUGGUGCUAUCCUAACUCUAUCAUUCUUGCCUCAUUAUGGGGGGAAGUAUUUCUUUUUUUUUUUUUUUGGUAAAGAUUUAUUUAUUUAUGCAUACAAGUGCUGGGGUACAGGCCAGAGAUGCGGGGCGGGGGAUGGUGAGAAGAUUCACCAGAGACAGAGUGGGGAAUAGAACAGGCAGACUGAAAUACACUGCUGAGGGGAGCAGUGGGCGAGACAGGAGAGGUCUGCUGCGCCAUGUGGGUUGCUCCCUCGCUGGCUGGGGAUGGAACUCAUGCUGCAGAGGCUGCGGAUUUCUACAUAGUGUGGUGCUUAGCCCCUUGCGCCACCAGGGAGGCCCAGGAAGUAUUUCUAUGGAGAGAAAAUUCCCCUCACUACUACUUUGCUGGUUUGUAAAGGAAAGGCAGGGUUCUUGCUGGACUGGGUCCUUCUAGCAGUUUUCUACAUUAAGCUAGUCUUCCAAUGGUAUAGGGAUUAAAGUAGGGAUUAAAAACAAUUAUGAACUCAUGGAGGUUAUUAUAUGAGUUUCAGUAGCUUGCAAUAAGUACUCUUGCCGAGGCUCUUCUCAAUUAGUAACUAUUAAAAAAAACACAUAGUUUGUGUGGUAUUUGUGAAAUGUGGUCACAAAUUCUUGGAUGUUCAUCCCAUUGAAAUGUUCCUCCCUUUGAAUCUGGGAACUUAUGGCUGCUUCAGCCAUCACCAGGGUGUGGCAAAAGUGAUGUUCAGGGACUUCCGAGCUGAGUCUGCAACAUCACAGCAAUUCCACCUGGUUCACUCUGGAAACUGUUGCCUGGAGUCCUGACUACUUAGAGAAUCCUUGCAGGAAAGGCCACGUGUGGGCACACUUGUCUGCAAUCCAGCCUUCCAGCUGUCUCCCCAAAUACCAGUUGUGUGAGUGAAGUCACCAGGUGUCUUCCAGUAGGGCCAUCUCCAAUGGGAUACCAAUGAGUGACCUCUAUCCAUGCCUUGUGGUCAAGAAAACCCACCAGACUAGCUCUGCCUGAAUUCCCAACCUACAAAACCAUUUAUAUAAUAAAAUGAUUGUUUAGCCAACUAUUGGGGUAGUUUGUUAAACCGUGACAGAAAACAGAUAAUCAGAUAAUCAGAACAUUCUUCCUUUUUUAUUUCUAAUACAAGGCGGUUUGUAUUGUGAAUGUCCUCUCCUUUAUUAGGUAAUUGGGAGCACACUACAGUUACUUUUCUCUGCCUUACAAUUUUCACUAGACAAUAUGUUCUGGCCAUCACUCCAGAGAGACUGAAAAUAUAACGUUGGAGUUUCCUUUCUUAGCCAACCUAAAAACCUUUUUUUCUAUUAAUAGGUGAGUGAAGACCAUAUAAUCAAUAUAUUUAGCCUCAGUUCUGCCUUACUGUUUUAUGUUACAUUUAUAUCUUUAUAAGUGUUUUGAGCAAAUUAUCUUUAAACAUGGUUUUAAUCUCCCUCUCUUUGGCUUUCUUUUGUACUUAGGAGAGUUUCACAUUUUUAUUCCAGUUGUUACCUUUAUAUUACUAUCUUUAGUCUCCUUUCUUUUGUCUAUCGAUUCCCUCUAUGAGCAGUGUUGAAACUUGCCCCCAUCUGUUCCCACAACAUCUGAUUUGUCUGAGUAGCCUUUUCCUCCCAGGCAUAACCGGCAAGGCAACCAAUGAGCUUCUACUUUUAUAUGCUAUUCCCAUUUUCCUGUCAAAUAUUUGACAGUUGAACUGCAUCAUACUCUGCUAUAUCUGUUGUAAUCUCUAUUUGGUCUUAAGUGUAUAAGUAACUAUGUACAAAUAACUGUGAUAUUUAUAUUUAAUGCCAACCAUCAGUUCUGUGUUGUUUUUUUUCAGUCAUCAUGGUUAUCUGAAGGCUGUUUUUUAAAAGCAUCUUCAGAAUGCACUCACAGGAGCAAUAUUUUUGGAGUUCUGGGAUGUUAAUAACAGCUUGUUUACAAUCUUUAUACUUGGAAGUCAUUUUGGCUAAAUAUACUGUCCUUGGCUCAUGCUGUACCCUUUUACUAUUGUAAAUGUGCAUUCCUUGGCUUCUGGCAGGAAAUGCUGAUCUAGGUAAGUCUGACAAUCUGAUUCUUUGCUUUAGUGAUGAGAUCUUCUUGCCUAAAUUCCCAAUGACAAACUAUGUUUCUCUGUUGGAUAUUUUGGGUCAGUUUUUCAGAUACUCCAUGUUGGUCCAAGUUUCUGUUUAUUUCAAGAAAGAAUUUUUUUUUUUUAAAUUAUAGUGUGUAGUCUUUAUCCUUUAGCUUUGGUUUCCUUCCUCAGUGACUGCUAUUAUACAUAUGUUAGAUCUUUUUGCCUGGCCUCCACAUAGUCACUCUCUUGAAUCCUAUUUCUUCUUCCAUUUUAUUUUGUUUUAAAAUUUCCCACUACUUUGUCUUCUAAAUUUUCUCAUUAAAAAUAAAUGUGGUUGAAGUAACAUUGGUCUAUUUAGGCUGAAGGUGUAGAGCAUUAUAUUUCAUUAUAUAUUACAUUACAAUCACCAGCAAAAGUCUAGUUCCACCCACCACUAUACAAUUGCCCCUUUAACCUCAUUUUCCCACCUCCCCAGAUCUUCUAAAUUCUCUUUAGAGUUUAUUUUAACUGAAUUUGAAAACUUGUUUGUGUUUAUUUUCUCUUAAGUUC